UCCGGCAGCAACGCAUGGUGGAGGUCAGAGAUGUUCUCACUCCUGACCGGUGACGGGAAGACGUACACCAGUUCAGUCCGGCGCUGAGGAUUCGUUCUGUCCUUUAUUCGAUAUAAACGAGGAGGGUUUGCGACGCUGUACUGAGUCGUCAGCAAAAGUUCCUGACUUCAGGGCUCGUGAGAAGCCUGCAGUUUCCUCUCCGACAGCUAGCCUACCUUUAGCCUCGGUUAGCAGCAGCCUCCCCUCUUCGGAGCAGUAAUGGACAACAACGCGGCGGGUUCGGGCGCUUAUAAAGCAGGAUUUGGGGGGCUUUUCGGCGGUGGAGCGCCGGAGUAUUCAAACACGGAGCUGGCCGGAGUGCCGCUGACUGGAAUGAGUCCUCUCUCACCCUACCUCAAUGUUGACCCCCGGUACUUGGUGCAGGACUCAGAUGAAUUCAUAUUGCCUACUGGAGCAAACAAAACCCGUGGCCGCUUUGAACUGGCCUUCUUCACCAUUGGAGGGUCCUGUAUGACCGGUGCUGCUUUUGGAACACUGAAUGGGCUUCGUAUGGGCCUAAAGGAGACUAGAGACAUGGCAUGGUCCAAACCCAGAAACGUACAGAUAUUAAACAUGGUCACACGGCAGGGUGCGUCAUGGGCUAAUACACUAGGAUCAGUUGCUCUGUUAUAUAGUGUGUUUGGGGUAGCAAUUGAGAAGGCCAGAGGAGCAGAGGAUGAUCUUAACACAAUAGCUGCUGGGACAUUAACAGGGAUGAUGUAUAAAUCCACAAGUGGACUGAAAGGAGUUGCCAGAGGAGGCCUUGUUGGGUUAGCUUUGUCAGGGUUGUAUGCCCUGUACAAUAACUGGGAUCACCUUAAAGGCACAGCUCCAUCACGUUAUUAAAGAGGACUCAGAGCUCAAACCAUGGACAUUAUAUAUAUAUAUAUAUAUAUAGACUCUAAACUUGUCCUCAACUACUUUGUUUCCUGUCCCACUUACAGUUGGCCCAACAUUUUGGAAUCCUUGGACCAAUAUAUUUGUUUCAGAUUUCUUUAUAAAUUGUGUUAUGUUUAUCAAAGAGGCAGAAGUCAACUGCCUUAAAUGUGCUGUUCUCUUCUACUGUUUAGCCAGAUUUAAGGAAUGUAUGUCCGUCAAUCAUGAAGGAUACCCUGCAGUGUCAUUCAUACAAUGGCCAAUGCCCCUGUGUAACAAUAUGCUUCAUCCAAUAUUUUUACUUUGACUGUGAACUGUAAAUGUUUUACCUUUGCAGUCAUAUGCACCAAGACAUUUGGCGAGUGGGCGUAUCAGUCUCAUACAAGUGUUCAGAAACAACUCUUGGCUGAAUCUAAAUGUACCUUUAUAUGUCCUAUCAUAAGCUGAUUUAAUCAGCUCUGUAUUUAAAUUAAAGUGUAAAGCUUAACUUUUGAAA